CUAAAGGGGCAGCAAACCUAAGAUUGCUACUACAGUUAACUAUAUUCCAUCAAACGGUGAACCGAUGAGUAUAUGGAUGAAUUAAAAUACAUCUGCGUGUAGUCAACUACUGUUUCUAUUACAUCCCGUCGGACCAUGAUUAUUUAUUUAUAUUAAUUAAUGAACUUUUCUCCUGUUACCUUGGUUACCGCUGGCAUGCAGACGGAUUUCUAGCACACAACUUGCGUUGAUUCUUACUGUGAAAAUCGACGUACUUCCGGUUUGGCGGCUACGCCUCGUAUUUUCUUUUUAUGGGCCAAAAAAAGGGAUUAAUGGAAGGUUCUAAACGACAAACGAGAAAACGGCCGCCCACUACCUUUUUACCGCUUUUGAUUUAAAACGAAAAACGAGAAAAACUGUUUUCGUUUUUACGGUAAAAGAGAUCAAAAGGUACACGGAUCCACCCCCUCUAUAAAAGCCUUUUACUAAUGGAAACCAACCAGAUGUAAAAAUACCGUGGAUCUGUUUUUCCCCAAUGUUUAGAUGCAGUUUCCUCAUAGACCAUUCUAUUAUUUAAACAUAGAUUUUCAGCAAACGUCUUUGCUAUUAGUCAACCACUUAAUCAUAUUUUUCAUUUUGCAGCAUUAAUGUGCACCACAGUAUGUUUCCCUUUCAACUGCUUUUGCUGUCGGGGCUGCAAAUAUUUCACGCCUUUGUUAUAUUGUGUGGAAGUUAGACCACACCCAAUGUGCAUGUAUGGCCUGUAUCACUGCUGGCUAUACAUCGUGUUCAGAGGGAGUAACUGUGCAAAUAAGAUCGUUGCGUAACCACAGGAAACCACGGCAGCCAGUAGAGUCGCGUUCUGUGCGCAGUGGUUUUGUCCAUAGCUGGGGGUUAACAGUGAUUCCGAUCCACGCUGUAAUAAGCAGUAUAAGUAUGAGGUGAGCCAAACAUAACUACAGGAGUAAGCAUUCAGAACCGAGAAAUACUCGCAGAAAGCCAGUAAACUCUUCAGUUCAGUCCCUUCCACCAUGUUUGCGUCAAUAAUCCUGCUGUUAAUCUGCAUUGUCUUCAUCGUCAUUCAACUCAAAUCCCGAAGGCCCAAGAACUUUCCACCGGGACCCCCAGUCUGGCCGAUACUGGGGAACAUUUUGGACCUGAGCCUAGAGAACCCCCUGAAGGACUUUGAGAGGUUGAGGAAGACCUAUGGAAAUGUCUAUAGUUUAUUUCUCGGUCCCAAACCAGUAGUAGUCAUUAAUGAGAUGAAGACCAUAAAGGAGGCUUUGGUGACCAAGGGUGUCGAUUUCGCUGGAAGACCCCAAGACCUAUUGAUCAAUGACAGCAGCGAGAGGGAAGGACUGGUCAUGACAGAUUACGGUUCUAGUUGGAAGGAGCAACGUCGCUUUGCUCUGAUGAACUUGAGGAACUUUGGAAUGGGGAAGGACAGCAUGGAGGAGAGGAUUCAUGGAGAGAUACAAUAUACUGUGGACACGCUGGAGAAGAGCAUUGGCAAAUCCUUCAGUCCUCAAAACAUGUUUCAUAAUGCGGCCUCCAACAUCAUCUGCCAGGUUCUAUUUGGAAAACGCUUUGAGUAUGAGGAUGAGACUAUCAAAACAGUUGUUCAAUGCUUCACUGAGAAUGCCAAGAUAGCCAAUGGGCCAUGGGCUAUGAUUUAUGACUCUUUUCCUUUGAUCAGAAGCCUGCCACUUCCCUUCAGACGGGCCUUUAAGAAUGUGGAGACAUGCCGGAAAAUUGCAAAAUCUUUGAUGAAUGAGCACAAGCAGACGAGAGUGCCUGGAGAGCCGCGAGACUUUGUUGACUGCUACUUGGAUCGGCUGGAUAAGCCGGGUGAUCGUUCGUCCUUUUCAGAAGCACAGCUCACUAUGUAUAUCCUAGAUCUUCACUUUGCUGGGACUGACACUACUUCCAACACCCUUCUUACUGGUUUCCUUUACUUAAUGAACUACCCACAUGUACAAGAGCGGUGUCAGCAGGAGAUAGACAUGGUGCUGGAGGGAAAGGAUCAGGCCAGUUCUGAGGACAGAAACAACAUGCCUUAUGUGCAGGCCGUAAUCCAUGAAUUCCAGAGAGUAGCCAACACUGUCCCACUCAGCAUCUUCCACUCUACAACUAAAGACACAGAGCUCAAUGGAUAUUCCAUCCCCAAAGGUACUCUGAUCAUCCCUAAUCUCACUUCAGUGCUGAAUGAGGAGGGCCAAUGGAAAUUCCCAAAUGAAUUCAACCCUGAAAACUUCCUCAAUGACCAGGGAGAGUUUGUGAAACCAGAGGCCUUCAUGCCUUUCUCUGCAGGCCCUCGGAUGUGUCUCGGAGAGGGUCUGGCCCGUAUGGAACUCUUCCUCUUUACGGUGACGCUGCUGAGGAAGUUUAAGUUCAUCUGGCCUGAGGAUGCAGGAGAGCCAGACUUCACUCCAGUCUAUGGGGUCACUCUGACUCCCAAACCUUAUCGCAUGAAGGUCCAACUCCGGGUAUCGCAGAAAAUCCCACAUUAAUGAAUUGUUUUAACCAACCAGCAAACAACAUGUUGAUGUAACUAUUAAGUGGACAUCACUUACUUAACUUACUUACUUAACCUACAUUCAUCACCUUUAACAAUCAAUAAAACAUACUUGUUUCAAAAGCAUCACCGGUGAAUGCUAUGCGCUAAAACACGUUUUGCUAUGGAACUGGUUGCCAACACUUGGUCUUUCUGGACACAAAACAAGAUCGUUGUUGUAUUAAUUAAAGCUUUAUACUGAGGAAAUACACUACUCUCGUAUAAAUAUAAUCUAAUUUUCUAGUCUUUCCCUGCCUUUAGCUGGCUUACCUCCUGCCUGUUCAAAAUUGCUUGGUGUUGAGUGUGACCCACCAGUUAUAGACUGUGGCUAUAAGCAUUACCUUUCCACUAUUUGCACUUUGGCUUAGCUUGACCUGAGGGAUUUCUUAUUGUUUAAAAAUUAGUGUGCAUGUCUAGGGGUAAUCAUAACUCCCUGUCUAUCACUAAUAUUUUUAUCUGUAUGCUUCUUAAGUCUCUCACUCCUUCUUAGUGUAUUUGAACCUUGUAUUUAGAGUUGCAAAAGCUUGUCCCUUUCUGUUUGUAUUUCUUAACAUCAAUGGCAUUUUUCUGUAUCCUUCCUCUCAGGUAGUGGCUUUUUUGCUUUUCCUGUGUUGCGGCAAAGAGUGCAGCCUAACUAAGCUGCCUCCCCCAUAGAUUAUCAGACCACACAAAGCCCAGUAUGGUCUAUAUUCUCCCAUUGCAUGUUUUUUUUCAGGCUGCCACUAGCUGAUUGCCAGCUAUGACACCUUACAAUGCAAUAGAGAAUUAUGCCAACCAGGGGUCAGUUGGCAAACCUACUACAUAGUGGACUAAUCAAACAUGUUAGGCACCAACAUAUACUUACUCUAUACUUGUGUAUUAAAUUAACACCCAAAUGUGUUUAGAACUGUAACCAUUACAACAAAUCUCUCCUAACCUUGAAGAAUUGUAAGCCAAACAAUGAGGAUACCCUAAACAUCACCAAUAUUUUUGCGUGCAUAAAUGCAAACAAAACAUUUUACGCAGUGUUGUGACAUAAUACCAUGAAUGUAUUUUCAUUCAUAUAUUUGCAAUUACUUGAAAUAGUUUUGGAAGGAUUAUGCUAUCAUGCAGAUAUGGAGUCUUGUAGUGAGAUGUUAAUAAAACAUUGUAUUUUGUCAUUUA